AUGCGAUCAGAUGUCUGUGAUUCUGGAGAAAGUGGGAAGGAUCCCCUAAUUGGGGAGGGGAAGGGACUGGUCUUGGGCAUGUUCUUUGUGUCUGGGUCCUUCACAGAGGCUUUGGUUUUCGUCGAUCGCCUGGGCGAAAAAGUUGACUCGGUUUUCAUCGAUUUCCGUCACCUGCUGUCCAUCAAAACCGCAUCAAUAGAGGGCGACCCAGGACUGCGGGGGUACGCGGAGUCGUCCAGGGGCAGCCCUUGGGGAGUCCGGAGGGAGCCGCCUUUCCCCUCCGAGCGACGAGGCCCGCGGCUGGCGGCGAAGCGGAGCAUCCCCGGCCUCGCAGGGCCGCCCUGUCCGAAGGCGACCGCCCGGCGCAGUCUCCGAGCCAGCCGGGCCCGCCGGCAGCAGCGCCUCCUGGACGGCUUCCCGGCGGAGCGCGCCCAGCUUGGCCGGCGAGCGCCUUCGACGGCGCGGGGUCCCCGGCUGGCCCGCCCCCGCCCCUUGCCACGUGGGGCCUCCUGGCCGCGCCGGCCGCCCGCCCGCCCGCCCACCCGCGGCGGGAAGCUUGGCCGGCCUCCCCCGCCGCAGCCUUCGAGGCGGCCCCGCUCCCUCCGCCCACCAGCGGCCGGCCGGGCAGCCUGCGGGGCUCGUGACGCGGCGGCGGCGGCGGCAGGAGGACUCGUCGGGGUUGCUGCUGCUGCACUCCGCCGUCCAGCCGCGUCCGGAGAGCCCGGAGGCCCCCCCCCCCCGACGGCCAUGAGCCCCCGCAGCCCCCGGCCUGGGCUGUUGGGCUGCGCCUGGGGCAUCGCCGUGGCCCUGCAGCUGGGGCUCCUCGCCGGCGCGCUUCUGCCAGAUUCUGGGAUAUUUCUCAUCUAUAACAGUGAGUUGCUUGGCUGCUUGGAGACAAAAGAUUCCCUCGUGAAGAUUUCCAAGACCUGUAACUCCAGCUCUCCUGCUCAGAAGUGGAAAUGGGUUUCUCGGAGCCGGCUUUUCAACGUUGGGGCCUUGCAGUGCCUGGGUAUUUCCUGGAAAUCUGCCAACACCAGUUCAGUGACCCACGGCCUGGCCACCUACGAGUGUGACCAAGAGUCUGCCAACAUGCGGUGGAACUGCCGAACUCUCGGGGACCAGCUUUCCCAGUAUUUGAACUCCAGGCUGGGAAACUGGUCACAGACCUCAGCAGAGAGGGGCGACCAGGCGCGCAGAGGCCCCUGGAAGGUGUAUGGCCAAGAAGACGAUCUGUGCUCCAAGCCAUAUUCUGAGAUUUACACCAUCCAAGGCAACUCACACGGGAAGCCCUGUACCAUCCCCUUCAAGUACGAUAACCUCUGGUUCUACGACUGCACCAGUAUGGGUCGUGAAGACGGUCACCUCUGGUGCGCCACAACGCAAGAUUAUGGCAAAGAUGAACGGUGGGGCUUCUGCCCCAUAAAGAGCAGUGACUGCGAUACAUUCUGGGAUAAGGAUCACUUCACCAGUAGCUGCUAUCAAUUCAACUUUCAGUCCACCCUGUCUUGGCAGGAGGCUGGAAAGAGCUGCGAGCAGCAAGGGGCUAGCUUACUCAGUAUCCCUGAGAUCCACGAGCAGACAUACAUCAAUGGACUCCUCACAGGUUAUAGCUCCACACUCUGGAUUGGGCUGAAUGAUUUGGACCUUAAUGGGGGCUGGCAGUGGUCAGACAACUCACCCUUGAAGUUCCUCAACUGGGAGAAUGGUCAGCCAGACAAUCCCCAUGAAGAAAACUGUGGAGUGAUUCGGACUGAAUCAUCAGGAGGGUGGCAAAACCGGGAUUGCAGCAUUGCUCUGCCUUACAUUUGCAAGAAAAAACCAAAUGCCACCUCUAAUACAUAUCUGACAGAUCCGUGGCUGGAGACGAAGGUUGACUGUGAUCCCAGCUGGCAGCCGUUCCAGUCUGACUGCUACCGACUGACCAGUGAAAAGAAGACUUGGUUGGAUGCCAAAAAGACCUGCCUGUGGAGCGAAGGAGACCUGGUGAGCAUACACACCGUCCCUGAGCUGGAGUUUGUGACCAAGCAAAUCAAGCAAGAUGUUGAGGAACUCUGGAUUGGCUUGAACGACCUCCGCCUGCAGAUGAACUUUGAGUGGUCCGAUGGCACGCCCGUGCAGUUCACUUUCUGGCACCCUUUUGAGCCCAACAAUUUCAGGGACAGCCUGGAGGACUGUGUGACAAUCUGGGGACCGGAAGGAAGGAAGGAAGGACAGCCAUCAAGACCCAGAGACCCUGCCUAGCGGCUGC